GGAAAAUGGGUUGCGAAUGGAUGGCGAUGAAGAUUCGUAUCCCGGCUUCGGAAUUACCUCGUUUGGGCCGGACUCAACUAUCUCCUUCGGGGGCGCGAAGAAAUACCAUGGAAAACCUCUUGAGUUUUCCAACUGAUUAGCUUGAUGAAGCUUUUCCCACUCCUCCUCCCUAAUUUGACUUUCUCCUAAUCCUAACAUCAAGAUGGGCAAGCCGGGCAUUCUCUACGUGACUAUCGAGCACGCUCCAACGGUUUCCAGAACCGCAUUCGAAGAUUGGUACAACAAUGAACAUGGCCCCCUACGACUUCAGCUUCCCUUCAUCACGUCUGGUCGCCGUUACCGCGCCACAGACGGGGAGAAUCCGCCCUGGAUGGCCGUCUACGACAUCGCCGACCUGGACAAGAUGACCACGCCCGGCUACACGGACCUGGCCGCGCACCCAUCGCAGCGCGAGCAGGAAGUGCUCAAACACGUCGAAAGCUCUCGUUACUUUUACGAAGAAGAACUCUCUGCUGGCAGCGUGAACGAGACCGACCGCGUGCCCGGGUUCAUCAUGACGUUGCGUAUGCACCUGCCCCCCAGCGCCAGCGAGGCGGAGAAGGAAGCCAUGUCCGAGGAUGUGCACCGAUGGUACAUGGACGAGCACGUUCCCUUGUUGGAGAAGAUCCCCGGGUGGGUGCGCUCGCGGCGGUUCAAGCUCUCGCCCGCCUUCCACCGCGGUGAGGACCCGCACUGGUUCGCCAUCCACGAAUAUACGUCAGCGCACGGAAAUGGCGGUCCGGAGUUCAGAUACGCCACAAGCACCGUCUGGCGGCAGCGGAUUAUGACGGACACCACCCAGGACCGGCGGAACUACAUGCUGCACUACAACUUUGGGCCGUGCGCGCGUGACUUGGCAGCACUAGACGCGCUGCCGCCAAAGGCUGUCAUCGAGCGCCCGUUUACUUUCGCGGAUGGCACGGAGAGCACGUACCGGCUAGAGGGAAACACGGACCCGGACGCGCCGACCAUGGUGUUCGUCAACAGCCUGAUGACGAGCCGGGAGAUCUGGGACGAGUUCAUAUCGCUCUGGGGCGGGUUCUUCCACCCGGAAUAUCGGUUCCUGCGAUACGAAAGUCGUGGUCGAGGGCCAGUGACGUCUGAGGGCAAGAUCACCGCCGAGGUUCUGGCUGCGGACCUGGCGCAUCUACUGGACGGGCUCAAAAUCCAGAGGGUGGACUCGGUGAUAGGCGUCUCACUGGGGGGCGUCACGGCCCUUCAGUUCGCGCUGGAGCACCCAGGCCGCCUGAACCGUCUCGUGGUGUGCGACUGCGGGGUUAAGUCUGCCGCAGGCGCGUCGGCCGCGUGGGCUGGACGCAUCAGCAAGGCCCAAGAAGGGGGCAUGCAAGCGCUGGCGGCACCCACGGUCAAGCGCUGGUUCCUGCCUGAGAACGUGGAAGGGCCUGGAGGCAACAAGGUGGCGGCCAUGGUGGCGAGCAACGACUUUGACGGGUUCAGACGUAGUUCAGAGGCACUGUACGACUAUGACAUGUCCGACCGCCUAGCGUCAGUCAAGUGCAAAAUGAUGCUCCUGAGCGGAGAGGCGGACGGCUUGGUGCCGGAAGCACUCAAGGCAGCAGCCGAGAAACUCGAGCAUGGGAAGGGCCAUGGUGGGUAUGCCCAAGUGCAACUGGCUGGGCAUCUACCCAUGGUGGAGAAUUGCCCAGAGUUUGUCAAAGUUGUUACCAACUUUCUGGCCUGA